AUGAUGUUCUCCAAGUCUUUCGCCUCUCUCACUCUGCUCGUCGCGGCCGCUUGUGUCUCUGCAGCCCCGGUCAUUAACAAGAAAACGAUGGUCAUGAACAACAGCGUGGGCCUGAAAGGAAACUCAGCCGGAGCCGCCUACUUCAUCACCAACGAGCCCAGCGGCAACUUUGUCGUGUCUGCAGACAUCCACUCUGACGGCACUCUGACCCUCGCCAGGGCCGUAAGCGCAGACGGCCGCGGAGAGCACGGCAAUGAUGCCCCCGCUGCCACGGGUCCCGAUGGACUCUUCUCGCAAGCCUCCGUCAAGGCGUCCCAAAACGGCAAGGUCCUGGCGACCGUCAACCCUGGUUCCAACACAGUUGCGAUUUUCGCUAUCAACGCCAAGAACCCAUCUAUCAUUAACAUGAUUGGCAAGCCCGUAUCGACUGAGGGAGAGUUCCCCAUGUCCCUUGCUCUCAACGAGGCUGGCAACAAACUCUGCGUCCUCAACGGAGGCCAAGUGAACGGAGUGAACUGCUACAAGGUCGACCCCAAGAAUGGGCUUCAGGCGAUUGGCGGCACACUGCGCUCGCUCGGUUUGAACCAAACCACGCCAGCCACUGGUCCCGCUGGCACCACCUCGCAACUCCUCUUCAGCUCGGACGAGAAGUCGCUCAUAGCCUCAGUCAAGGGCGUGCCACCGCAACCAGGUUUCCUCGCCGUCUGGUCCGUCAACGGUGACGACUCGCUCUCGCCCGACUUCACCAAGGUCGCGCCCGCCGCCGGCGGCCUGCUCCCGUUCUCGAUGACUCCGAUCCCGGGAAAGAACGCACUGCUCGUGACCGACCCCGGUCUCGGCUUCGACGUGUUCGAUCUGUCCAACGUCCAGUCAGGCGGUAACUCGCAGAGCGCGAUCAACGCCACCGGCGCGAGCAGCGCGAACCCAAUCUCUGGUCAGAGCGCGACGUGCUGGAGCAGCUUCAGCACCAAGACGGGCAACUUCUACCUCACCGACAUUGGGACCGCGAUGGUUACUGAGGUCAACGUUGAUUCCAACCUGAACAGCACCAUCGUCAAGCAAUACGCGCAGAAGGCGAGCUCCGGUACUAUCGAUAACGCCAUCGCCACCGUGAACGGAAAAGAUUUCCUCUACGUCCUCGGUGCCAACGCGACGCAGAUCAACGUCCUUUCUCUUGACGCCCCCGGUCAAGCACGAGGCAUUCAGACUCUUGAUAUCGCCGGCCCGUCAAAGAAUGCAGGGCUCACGGUGAACCCCUUCAAUUUGCAGGGCAUGACUACGUUCAUCAAGAACUGA